ACAUGCUUCUGUCUAGUUCUGAAGUAGUGGAUUGUUCGGUUGCUUAAAAGUUCGGAAUUGGGUAACAAUCCGUUUAAAAUGAAAUUCUGACCAAAGAAAAUAAGCAAUGCCUGAGCUUCUGAAACGAACUUACCGUGAGCAGUUGGCCACCUGGAUAGGAAAGACCUGUCACUUCCGGUUAUUAUACAAGAUCAGCAGAGAUGGAUGUUCAGCUACAACAUUCCACCAACAGUGUGACAAUCAGGGACCUACAGUAACGGUUCUUUAUAACACCAACAACACGAUAUUUGGGGGAUAUCUGUCACAGAACUGGAACUCCAGUGGCGGCAACAUCAGUGAUGCGAAUGCAUUUCUUUUCCGGCUGCAGUAUAAUGGUUCUUCAAAUCCAGUUAAACUUCCUGUCAAUGCUUCAUAUUAUAAUUAUGCCGGCUCUGGCAUUAGUAAUUAUGGUCCAUCGUUUGGUGGCAACAGCGACCUCAUGGCUUUUCAAGGGAAUAUUUCAAAGUCUGGAAAAGAAUUUGUACUGAAUGGCAGUGUAAGUCUGACGAGCGGGUACUAUAAUUACAAUGGAUAUGAUACCAACUCUAUUACAAAUAGUAAUCUGAGGGUGACAGACCUAGAAGUCUACCUUGUUGUAGAUGGACCUGGACCAAAGAUUUCUGACAAACCUUGGAGAGAAUCCCCUGAAUGGAACACUGAGACCUGUCAGAAGCUGAAUCAAUCUCUCAUCGACUACAAACCAAUGACAGAGACAAAUGUUACUACAGGCAACAUCCUUCUGAUUGGUCAAAUUGGUGCGGGAAAGUCCAGCUUUUUCAACUCGGUCAACUCCAUUUUCCGCGGGAAAAUCACCAGUAAAGCUUCCAGUGGAAACUUUGAGCACAGCGUGACAACAGCUUAUAGAAAAUACAAAAUCAAGGAUUUUUCAUCUGGAAAGUUCCUUAAUUUCCGCCUUUGUGACACCAGAGGUUUAGAGGAGGAAUUUGCUAUGGAUGUGCAGGAAAUCUCCUUCCUUUUGGAUGGUAAUAUACCGGACCGAUACCAGUUUAAUCCAAUGGUUCCUUUCACAUCAGAAACCCCUGGCUACAUAAAAGACCCGGAUCUACAGGAUAAAAUUCACUGCGUGGCUUUUGUGGUAGAUAGUAGUACUGUAGACGUAAUGCCCGACAAAGUUCGCAAGCAGAUGAAAGAUCUACAAGUCAAACUGAAUCAAAGAAAUUUGCCACAAGUUGUUCUCCUGACUAAAUUAGACAAAAUAUGUCCUGAAGUGGAAGAGGACAUCAAGAACACAUUUUCGAGCUCUGCCGUUUCUGACGCUGUUGUAAGAGUUGCAGAAAUCAUGGGUCUUCCUCGUGGUCACGUGCUUCCGGUGAAAAACUACGAAAGUGAGACCAAGCUGAAGACAGGCGUGGAUAUUCUUGUGAUGGAAGCGCUACAACAGUGUCUUGAUUUUGCAGACGAUUUCAUGGAUGAACAACUUGACAAAAUGGCUACAGAUGGAAAGUUGAAAAAAGAAAAAGACUGAGUCUGCCAUUGUAUUUACAGCUAGAUGUAAUAAAUGAGCAAAAGAGGUUCAGCGCUAGGGCUUUCCAAUUUAAUUUUGCAUAAACAAUGUAUAAUACUAAGAAUGAAAUUCUGUAAUAAAUAUAUUCAAUAGCCACACAAAUCUUAUGCAGUUUUUCAUUUGAUCAAUUUUUUUU